GAGCCGAGCGCCCAAAUAACCCCGGUGUUUGCAGUCAAAGAGCCGGAGCCCAGAGGGUUCCUGCUUAGUUAUUAAGCAGAGACGAGAGAGUGAGUGUGUUCAGACUGACCGCGGGGUGAACAGUGAGAGUCUCAGCCUCCGCCAACAUCUCUCAGUCUGUCCCCGGGGAGAAGUGGAACCGGCCCCGAGGGUUGAAGCGGCGGCUGGGACAUGGAGCCAGUGAGUGAGUGGAUCCGACAGCGGUUCCCCACGGUGGAGAAUGUUUGUUCGGACACAGUGGAGCAGCUGCUGAAGGAGAAUCGGGAGCGGGUGCUGCUGCUGGAUGUUCGGAGUCCGCCUGAAUAUGAGAUCAGUCACUUACCAGGAGCCAUUCGCAUUGACCCAGAAGCCACCAACAUGGAUCAUUUGGUCAAGGAUCUGGGCCUGGCAGGAAGCCUAUUGCGGAUAUAUUGUCCUUCUGAUGGCUGUGUAUUGGUGCACUGAAGUCAUCCCCCUGGCUAUCACAUCCUUCCUGCCCAUUUUACUUUUCCCAACGUUUGGAAUCAUGCCAUCCAAAACAGUGUGUAUGGAGUACCUGAAGGACACCAGUGCCUUCUUCCUUGGUGGGUUAAUGGUUGCUAUAGCCAUUGAAGACUGGAAUCUUCACAAACGCAUCGCACUGACAACGCUCUUCUUUGUGGGUGUCAAGCCAGCUCUGUUAAUGUUGGGGUUCAUGGGCGUGACAGCAUUCCUCUCAAUGUGGAUCAGUAACACAGCCACCACUGCAAUGAUGGUCCCCAUCGCAAAGGCCGUGCUCGACCAGCUCAGCAGCACUGAAGAGGAGGCAGCAAGGAUGGCAUUGGAAAAUUCCCGUUCUUCUGCUCAUGAAAUGGAAGUGGAGUCAAAGAGCACCAUUCCUGACAUGGAGUUGUCAGGUAUGGCUUCUCCAGGUGGAGAGACAAAUGUUCAGGCGCAGAGCGUGAAUGUUUCCACAAUGAUGAUAGAACACAAGGACAAACAUGAGCAGAUGAAGAUGUAUAAAGGUCUAACUCUGUGCAUCUGCUAUGCAGCCAGUAUUGGUGGCACUGCAACUCUGACUGGCACCCCCGCCAACCUAGUACUGCAGGGGCAAAUCAACCAGCUAUUUCCGGACAAUGGAGAUGUGAUUAAUUUUGCCUCGUGGUUUGGCUUCGCGUUUCCCAACAUGCUGAUCAUGUUUUUUCUCUGCUGGCUAUGGCUACAGGCUUUAUUCCUGGGACUGAAUUUUCGGAGGCUGUGGGGAUGCGGAAUUCCGAUCUCAUCCAAGGAGAAGAGAGCUUAUGGUGUCAUCCAAGAGGAGUACAAGAAGCUGGGCCCCAUGAGCUUUGCAGAGAAAGCUGUCCUCAUCCUCUUCAUCUUGUUAGUGGUGUUGUGGUUCACCCGGGAUCCCGGGUUUGUCCCAGGCUGGGGAAAUGUCCUCUUCAACAAAAAUGGCAAGGAAUAUGUCUCUGAUGCCACUGUUGCACUCUUCAUCGCCUUCCUCAUGUUCAUAAUUCCAUCGCAGAAGCCAAAUUUUAAACCCUGGAAUCGGGUCCUGGAGAGCUCGAAAGAGAACAGGACAGGCAAGAAGCAGGUGAAGAAACUCCUCGACUGGAAUACCGUCCAACAUAAGAUGCCCUGGAAUGUGGUAUUAUUGGUGGGAGGAGGCUUUGCAUUGGCUAAGGGCUGUGAGGUGUCUGGUCUCUCCCAAUGGCUGGGGAAUCAGUUACUUCCACUGCAGAAAAUCCCGCAUUGGGCCAUUGCUGUUAUCUUGUGUGCGGUGAUUGCAAUUGUCACAGAGUGCACCAGCAACGUAGCUACAGCCACACUCUUCCUCCCUAUCCUGGCUUCAAUGGCUACCAUGAUCCAUAUGAAUCCGCUGUACGUGAUGAUUCCAACCACUUUAAGCACCUCCUUUGCCUUCAUGCUGCCUGUUGCCACUCCCCCCAAUGCCAUUGUGUUCUCCUAUGGCCACCUCAGGGUCUUAGAUAUGGUCAGGUCUGGAUGGGUGCUCAAUGUAAUCGGAGUGGCCAGCAUUACUCUCGCCAUCAACACCUGGGGUUAUGCAAUGUUCAAUCUCAACACCUUCCCCGAGUGGGCUAAUGUCACCCGGACAGGCUGAGGCCAUGCACUGUCAUGUCAUGUGGAAGUUAGAGGUUAUUGAAGUGACAAUGGGGAAAGUUGAGGAUUAGAGGCUGUGACUGAAUCAGCUAAUGAUGCGCGUUCGAAUUCCAAAGGAAUGUGACUGAACCAAGUAUGACUUGUGGGGAAAACACCAAUUUAAUGUGCAGAAAUAGGGAUGUGCUGAUUAAAAGAUUAGCUUAUCCAUGAUCGCAGUAUCCUGUAGUUGUGUUCCUCGUUUCUAUUCCUCCAUGGCUUUGUCCCUCCCUAUCACUGUAACCUCCUCCAACCCUACAACAUUCUGAGAUCUCUGUGCUCCUCCACUUUUGGUCUCUUGAGCAUCCUUGAUUUCCACCGCUCCAUCAUUGGUGGCUGUGCCUUUAGCUCCUGGGCCCUGAGCCCUGAAAUUCCCUCCCUAAACUUCACCAUCUCUCUCUCUCUCCUACUUUAAGACUCUAGUUAAAACCUCCCUCUUUGACCAAGCUAAGAGUCUCCUGGCCUAUUAUUCCCUAUGUGACUUGGUGUCAGGUUUUGUUUGAUAAUACUCCUGGAAUGUUUUACUAUGUCAAAGGACAGGUCAAGACCCCUGUGCAGGCAACCUCCACCUCUGGGCCUCAGUGCAAACUCCUUCUGUACUUGUGGAGAGACCAAGCAAUGCUGCACAUUAUCGAAGAGUGUUCCCUCUACAGCCUAAGUGGUGGGGUAAUCACCUUAAACUCAGCAAAUGAGGAGGCUAUCGUGUCUGGCUUCAGGGAUUUGCAUUUGCUAAAUAAUAAAUCUGUUAAAGGCGUUAUAUAAAUGCAAGUUAUUAUUGCCCAGUGCUGAAUGAAGUUUAACGAAGUGACUUGGUUGGACUGAUCACCAUCCAAUAUCCCAAUUCUGUUACCCCGCCCCCAUAUGUAGUUAUUGUCAGAUUGGAACCGAGUCUAGAAUUGGCCCUCACUGUUUAAGCAGCUCAACUUCACAAAACAAAAAACAAUUAUCAGAUACAGGAAAAAUAAAAGUGGCCUUUAUGUUGCCAAUCAA